AUGCUGAAAGCCUUCAUUGGCCUUGUUGGUCUUGUCGGCUAUGCGACCGCUCAAAGCGACUCCGUCAAAGUCAAAUGGAUCGACGAUACACCAGAAUACCUCGCUGGCGUAACGUUCGGUUUACCGUGGCCUCGUGGACAGCACCUUGCGAACACUACAACCUUCACAGUGUCUGGAGGCGCGGACCUUCAGUCGUGGGUCACAGCCUACUGGCCAGAUGGAACGUUGAAGUGGACCGGGCAUGCUCUGGGAGCCAGCGAGUCUCCUGCUAACGAGUACACGGUAACAGCUUCAGGUGCAGGCGAUUCUUCAACCUUGAAGUUCAAGCGUCAAAGCAACGGCAUCCAAGUUAACGACUCUGGCGAGGAGAUCGUUGUCAACGCCGGCAAGGUCGCAGCAACAUUUCCUAAGUCAGGCAAUGUCCUGGUAUCUGCCAUUGAGGUUGGCGGGAAGACAGUCGGAAGCAACGGUCGUCUAGUGUUACGCUCACAAAACGGUACACCCGAUGAUGACGAGGACGGUAAGCUGACCGGCAUUGAACACUUCAGCUUUACCAGCAAGGUAUCCAAUGUCACAGUGUCGGAGGAUAACACCGUCCGUACGUUGGUCACAGUCAAUGGUGUUCAUACUGUUGACGGAGAUGGUGCCCACAAUGACUGGAUUCCUUUCACUGUUCGCUUCUACCUCUACGCCAAUUCUGAAGCGAUUCGCGUUAUUCACACCAUCAUCUAUGAUGGAGAUAUGCAUAAAGACUUUCUUUCGGGUAUCGGUAUUCGCUUCGAUGUUCCCCUCGCCGAAGAGGAGUUUUACGAUCGCCAUGUCCGAAUUGCGGGUGUUGAUGGCGGAAUUCUUCACGAAGCCGUCAAGGGCGUUACUGGUCUACGUCGAGAUCCAGGUGUCGAUAUUCGAUCUGGACAAUUCAAUGGUACUGUCCUACCGCCCAACUCCACGUGGGACCAAAGAGUGACUACUCGUCUACAGUGGAUCCCGACAUGGAGCGACUACCGCCUAACACAGCUCUCGCCUGAUGGCUUCAAUCUUAAGAAGCGCACAAAGGCCGGCCAAAGCUGGGUCAAAAUUCCAGGUGGUACACGAUCAGGCGGCCUGGCUUAUCUAGGAGGAGCUACGGUUGGCGGUCUUGCCGUGGGCCUUCGUGAUUUCUGGAAGAAGUAUCCUACUAGUCUGGACAUAUCCAACGCCGCCACUGACACAGGAUCGAUCACCCUGUGGCUUUACAGCCCUCAGGCCGGACCUAUGGACAUCCGUCCAUACCAUGAUGGACUUGGACAAGACACCUACAAGAAACAACUAGACGCUCUGGACAUCACCUACGAAGACUGGGAAGGGGGCUAUGAUACUCCUUACGGCCUUGGUCGGACUAACGAGCUUUAUAUCUACGCGUUUGACACCACGCCAUCCGCUGAACAUCUUGCAACACUCACCAACUUCACCAACAACCCACCUGUUCUUAUCGCCGAGCCAGAGUACAUGCGGGAUACAAAAGCAAUCGGGUCGUAUUGGGACGUGCCUGGUACCAUUGAGUCCACCCAAGCGCAGACUAUUGAGUCAAACAUGGACUUCCUCAUCAAGUUCUACGAAGACCAAAUCGAGCAGCGUCGCUGGUACGGUUUCUGGGACCAUGGGGAUAUCAUGCAUACAUAUGAUGACGACCGCCAUCAAUGGAGGUACGAUGUCGGUGGCUAUGCCUGGGAUAAUUCAGAGCUGUCACCGGAUCUUUUCUUUUGGGACUUCUUCCUGCGCACUGGCCGUGCAGAUGCUUACAAGAUUGCCCACGACCAAGUGCGUCAUGGAGGUGAGGUUGACUCGUAUCAUAUGGGAAACUUCACUGGGCUUGGUACGAGGCAUGGUGUUCAGCACUGGUCGGACAGCGCCAAACAGGCUAGGAUCUCAACUCCAGUCUACCGUAAGACCUUUUACUACAUCUCUGGUGGUGAUGAGCGGACUGGUGACCUGGUACGCGAGGUCAUUGAUGCCGACAAAGCCUUCCUUCGUGUAGAUGCAAGACGCAAGGUGCGAGAGCCCGGUAUUGUCUACAACCCUGACCCUGAAGCAUUGUUCCUCAACUUCGGAACUGAUUGGGCUGGUAUUGCACAAGCAUACCUUAUUGAAUGGGAGCGUCGUGGGCCACGCUGGGAAGAUUCGCGCAGAAAGCUUGUCGAAUCUAUUGUGACAUAUCCCAAGCUCAAGAACGGAUUUGCCACCGGCGAGGCAUUCUACAACAGUCUUACUGGAGCUUGGGCACCGCCACCUACGGACCCGAACAACACCGGCAACGUUACCGUUUCGCAUCUGUCUGGUGUAUUUGGCGUUCUUGAAACCAUUGAUCAACUAAUGGAUCACUUUGGUGCGGAGCAGAAGAAUGUCACCCAACCCUUCUUCGACGCAUUCCUGGACUACUGCUAUUACUACGGCGCUGGGAAAGCCGAGCAGAGGGCCCGGUACGGCAAGGACUUUGGCAAUCUCAGCCUGAUGCAGGGCCACUCCCGCUUCACUGCCUAUGUAGCUAACCAUCGUAACAACGCGACACUCGUUCCAAGAGUUUGGUCAGAAUUCUUGGGCGAUGGUAGCAAGGACGGCCUUGCGCCCGGUGCUCCAUGGGCGAGAGUAAGGGUCGAUGGAAGCGAUGCACUUAUCCCUGUUGAUGAAGCUACAUGGGUCAGCACAAAUGCGGCAGCAUUAUAUGGUGUUGCUGGUAUUGAAAAUUUGGCUCUUGUUGGUGCGCCGGAUGUCAGCACUAUUGGUAGUGGUAAUGCUACUACAAAGAGGUUUGUAUAG